AGUAUGUUGUUGGGUACGUCGUGGAGGACGACGAGCAGGCUAUCUACAGUAAGAGGCGCCUAGAUCGCCCAGUGAACCGGGACCAACCGGCGGGCGCCCAAGCGCAUGGACCCGGAGCCGGAAGCGGGCUGAGUGAUUUUCGGACAAGUUUUGUGGUUGUGGUCGUAGUGGGCAUUCGGUACUUGGGCUGUCCAUUCUAUCAUCAUUUCCUAGCUCAACAUUCUCAACUGGGGACGAUUGCAAGUCGUCCCCCUUUUCAUCCUGUCGGCUACCCAGGACACUUACAGUAACCACACUCCAUCGCCUCGAGGCAUCGCCACACGACCUCGUUCAAAGAGGAGGUUUUCCCUCCUGCCUCUCAGCAUGGCUUUAGGCGGGCUCAGUGCUGCCAUGUUCAGUGGUUCUUCCGUACUCUGGUCAUUUAACAUGGCCUUGCGGAAGGUCGACCUCCAAUCCAUGUUCUUUGCAUCCAUGUUCGUCGUCGUUUUGGUCGUCCUCGCCUAUCUCACCAACCCCUCUGAAACCUCAUUCCGGACUUAUCUUACUGAACAGUCCUUCCGUCAACACCUCAGACGUCUCGACGAUGACAAUCAGGACGAAUCGGAUGAUGGCGAAGACAACGGCGUACACUACACUCUGGCUCGCCGUUCUACUCCAAGCGCAAGCACACCCGGUCGGACGUACUCGGACUCUGGCUCCCCAUUCCACUUUGUCAAUCGUGCAUCCGUCUCUCUGCGAACGCCAAAACACGUCUUUCACAGCUUUGGAAUCUUCACUGUUGCUGCGAUCGUCCCCAACGGCUCUCGAUCGGACGGUGUUAAAGCGGACGGUUCUGGUCCACGGGUGUCGGACUCUUGGUACCUCGGUGCUUUUGGCAAAUGGUGGCGUGGAGGGUACAUGCAGUGUUGGUGGCUCGAGACGAUCGCAAACACCAAGGAUGCAGAACGCUGUAACUCGGGCAUCCUCGAUCUCAAAACUCUCGACAGCCUAGAAUGUUACGACGGUCUACCUUAUCCCGCCCCGGCCCUUCCACCUCACCUAACGAAUAAAGAAUCGACAUCAAAAUUGCGAGACUCUGCACGCUCAGGACAUCGAACGGCCAACUCGUCGGCGCGCAGUUCGACGCCACCUCCAUUGCCCAAAGGCGCUUCAUUACCCUUGCACGCACCUCGGCCGCCCACGACGCCCAGCAAAAGCGAUAAAGCGGUUGCGCCACGCCAUUCACCGCCAACUCUGCAAGCUCCCACUACCAAUGCUGCCCCCGUCGUCAAUGUCAAUGCCCCCGUUUUAAGUCCACAGCUUCAAAGUUCACCGUCUUCGCUCUUCGAUCAAUCUCCCGUGAUUUCGGAUAUCUUGCGUCAGAUCUCUGCAUCGAAUACUGUCGUGUGCGAGUUGCGCACUCAAUUGACUGAGUUUCAUUCCGCCGCAAACAAGUCACAUAGUGCGAUUCAGAACGACUUGGAGACUCAUCGGGAACGCAAGCGAACGGAAGAUGCUUCUCGCAACGAGCUUAAGACGCGCACCAAGACACUGGAAGACUCGAAGCGUUCUGCAGAAGCUGUCAAGCGAGAGGCAGAGAAGAAGCUGAAAGCGGCGGAAAGUGCACGUUCGAACGCGAGCGAGCGGAUCGAGCGGUUGGACAAGGAGAUUCUGCAGCUCAGAGACCGUAUGAACGAAGACGAGCGCGCGAUCGAGACUAUAGCCUCAGAAUCCACCAAGACCGAAACCGAGAUCCAAAACGAACUCGAACUGAAGCGCAAAGAGAUCAAGGUAGCCGAAGACGUCGUCGCGGCAUUAAACACUCGCGCAAAGGAGUUAGAGGAAAAGAUCGCAGCAGAGGAGGAGAGGCUUAAGAAGGCGAAGGAACAGGCAGAGUUGAGAAGACAGGAUCGAGCGUUUUAUCCGCUUCAUGUUGUGCAUUCUCAGCAGGCUUCUCCGACGAUGAGCCCGUGGUCCCCGAUCUCUGCUGCCACCCCGGAAUCUCUGCCUUCUGUCCCUGUCCAGGAUCCCCAUGCGAUUAUUCAUACUGACCGUUCGGCACAUAUCGACGUCUUCCCGCAGGCCCUUCAGAUCCCCCAUGCACAUCCGCGUGUUGGGACGAGGAGUAGAGAUGGUUCAGGGUCUUCGGGUAACAGUGGUCCUGUGGAUUUCAUUGCCUCUGCGUCUCCGAGACCUAGGAAGCUAUCAUUGGGCAUUAUAUCCAACUUCAGGGAGCACUCUCGAUCUAACGGCUCUGUCGCGAACGUGGAUAACACUCUGGUCACCCAUGCUGUCGGCACUCAAAUUGGUAUACGGCCUCCACCGAGUGGAUUCCCCAUGUUCGAUGAUGGCAUGUCCGCUCAUGGUCCUACGCGCUCUACACGGUUUUCACCUUUCGGCGAUAAUGAGGUUGAAGUCCCUCCUAUGGUUAUACACGACAUCGGCGCACCUUCACCAAUGAGUACUUCGUUGAUUCCUACAAGCUUGAUCCAAUCACUCGAAGUGUCCAGCGGAGUCGAGGACCUUUCACGGUCUUUCCAAUCCGACAGUGACGAUUUCUUGGAACGCGAUUGGCGCAAGGUGCACUCGUUCCCUGCUCAUCCUGUUGUUGACAGUCCUGGUUUCAGUUCUUCACCUACCUCUUUGAAUCAUCCCGGGUUCGACGGCGUGGAUAGAGAGGAUCCUUUUGAGAUCAGGCCUCCUCCUCCGUUGAGACAUAGGAUCACAGCGGAAUCGUUGGAUAUGCACGCUCUCAUGUUCCCGCAUCCCAAUCGGACUUCGUCGGACCCUCAACCAUUGGUGCGUUCCAGGACCAGAGAAUCGGAAGAGGAAAAAGCUGGUGGUGGCCAUCGACGAUGGUUCUCUUCUUCUCCCAAGGACCAUCACAAGGAAAAGAAAGGACUCAACCCCGAAGCCAAAGUCUUCCAGCUCAAGAAAUCACCUUCCCCUCUCGCCACUGGCAACAUCAUCUCUGCUCUAGAACGUCCUGAACAAUACGAUGUUGUCUCACCUCCGGUGCCUUCGAUGCCUUCAGUCCCACCUGCCUCGCACAUCAGCACUCAUUCACACCCACUCCCACCACCGCCCUCCUCCUCGACAAACAUGGACUCCAUAUUCUCGACACUCUCUAUGCGCGCAUUCGCACCUUCGCCUGCAGAGCGAGAGGCACUCACACGCGCGUUGGGGUCAUCUACGAAUACGAGUUUGGAGAGACUACCUACCUUGAGCGAAGUCUCCAUCGCUAGCAGCAUGCCUUCCUCUCCCUCCCAUGCCCAUGCCACCCAACGAUCUCCUCCAAUCCCAAAGGCGCAUCAUCGCGAUCAUCAGCAUCAGCAUACUGCUGCUGCUGCGAUGGCGGGGAUGGAGGGAGGGGUAGGUAUGUUGGCAGCAGCUGUCAAUGGGAGAUCAGGGUUACCUCCUGGUUUGGCGUGGUUGCAGAGUUUACCAAGGAUGCGGAAGCCGAAGUUUAGUCCGUGGGAUGACGAGGAGCCGACGUCUACAGCUACGGGGACGAUGAAUCUCAAUGGGCAGCAGCACACGAAUUUCUGAGGUGGUUUGCGUUGGUGGUGGUGCUGGUGCGGGGUAUGGGUGUAUGGGUCAAUCGUGUGCCGUGUAUGAUGAUUUGAAGUGUAACUCAGGGCAUUGGCGCGAGAGGUGUACAAAGAAGCUUUACAAAGUGGGUGCUGUGUGAUUGAGCGGGGAGGGAUGGGACAAGCAAAGGGGAAGCAAGCUGGCUGUGUGUGUUCUUAUUCGAAGGCUAGGGCUUAUUAUAACAAAUGCGACAGAGAAUGAUAUGUGUGACGAUUAUGAAAUGACAUAUUUAUCCCUAGCCUCUCCGAGAUGGUGGUGUCUCCAUGAGUGCUGUGCUCAAGAAGCGUUCCAAUUUCUUGGCCAGGUGCAGGUCUUAUUCUUGGGCUAACCAAUGGUGGUACUGCAGAAGUAUCACACCCUCAUGGAUUUGACGGCUUUGCUGCGGUGGAGAACCUCCAUCCGUCCUUCCGAGGCCGUGUGAGCUGUAGUGAACUAACUUUUACAUUGUCCUAUGAUCCCGUCGGUUUAAAUUUGGUCGACCGC